ACAUGAGUAUCGCAUUAAAAAUUAAUCAAAUGUGAUCUGCAAUUCAAUUGAUUUAAGGGCGGUGAGCCGUCGACUUCUGUGAUUGACAAUAAAAGUGGUGUCAAUAAGCACAACAUUGUAGGAUCGGAUACACCAAAGUCAAGCAAAAACAUUAAACGAGUGUCGAGUCUACGGUUAGCCAACGGAAAGCUGAGCUAUACGUGUGUUCCUAAAGACGAGGAAACACCGAAAAAAUUAAACAAAGAAACAAUUGAUAUUAAGAUCGACAUAACUGACCAAAAGUCGACUCAGGAAAAGAGUCAAAUAACAGAACCACUUCUGCGACAAUCAACUGUAGAUAACGACAGUUCCGAUUAUGUCGACGAUUAUAUAAGACCAGAGAUGAACUAUAAGGACGGAACGGCCUGCAAAUCGCCUCCAGUGGUCCUCAUUAAGGAUACCAGUGGUAUGACAUGGAAUGGAGACAAAGAUGACAUCAGUCUCUAUGGAACGCCUAAAGAGGAGAUGAUUCCCGGCCUCUCUGAGGCAAAGGUGCCGUCAUUCAUGAGAAGUCAAAUCGAGGCUCUCUUUCAACCCUCGGAUAACAAACUGGCAAUGAAAUUGUUUGGUAGCAAAAAAGCACUAAUGAAUGAAAGGUUACGACAAAAAGAGUCGGGUCUCUUAAUAAUACACCCGUGCAGUACAUUUAGAUUUUAUUGGGAUUUAUGUAUGUUAUUACUAUUGGUGGCCAAUCUAAUUGUAUUACCGGUGGCCAUAUCUUUCUUCAAUGAUGACCUGUCCACGCGUUGGAUUGCAUUUAACUGUCUUUCCGAUACUAUUUUCUUAUUAGAUAUUGCAGUCAAUUUCCGGACAGGUAUAAUGAAUCCCGAUUUACCAGAACAGGUCAUAUUAGACCCUAAGCUAAUAGCCAGGACUUACAUGAGAUCCUGGUUUUUCUUGGACUUAAUUAGUUCAAUACCAUUGGACUAUAUAUUUCUAAUCUUUAAUCAGGAUUUUGGAGAAAAUUUUCAGAUAUUACACGCGGGAAGAGCUCUAAGAAUAUUAAGGUUCGCAAAAAUGUUAAGUUUAUUACGAUUAUUGAGAUUAUCAAGACUUGUCAGAUAUGUUAGUCAAUGGGAAGAAGUUUACAUGCACAGUUUGGCCACAUUUUCGGAUAAGAGAGGAUUUAUUGGGUUUUUAACUCGCAUUCCGGGGGCUAAAAAGUUCCUAAAUAUGGCAAACGUUUUUAUGAAAAUUUUUAAUUUGAUUUGUAUGAUGUUAUUGAUUGGACAUUGGAGUGGUUGUCUUCAAUUUUUAGUACCGAUGCUCCAGGGAUUUCCUGCCAACUCCUGGGUAGCCAUUAAUGAACUUCAAGAGUCUGAAUGGUUUGAACAGUAUUCGUGGUCACUGUUUAAAGCCAUGUCACACAUGCUAUGCAUAGGUUACGGCCGUUUCCCUCCUCAAAGUCUCACCGAUAUGUGGCUAACGCUUCUCAGUAUGAUCUCUGGUGCCACAUGUUAUGCACUAUUUUUAGGUCACACCACUAAUCUCAUACAAUCUCUUGACUCAUCGAGACGUCAAUAUAGAGAAAAACUAAAACAAGUUGAAGAGUAUAUGGCCUACCGAAAGCUGCCUCGCGACCUACGGGUGCGUAUUGGCGACUAUUUUGAGCACCGAUAUCAGGGAAAGUUCUUCAACGAAGACACUAUUCUGGACGAGCUUUCAGAACGACUACGAGAAGAUGUGAUUAAUUACAAUUGUCGAGCAUUAGUAGCUUCGGUGCCCUUUUUUGCCAACGCGGACACCGAUUUUGUCAAUUCAAUUGUCACUCGUUUGAAAUAUGAGGUCUUCCAGCCGGGAGACAUCAUCAUCAAAGAGGGAACCAUUGGCAACAAAAUGUUUUUCAUACAGGAAGGCAUUGUUGACAUUGUGAUGAUUAAUGGAGAUGUGGCCACCAGUUUGUCCGACGGCUCCUAUUUUGGAGAGAUAUGUUUGCUGACAAACGCCCGACGGGUUGCCAGUGUUAGGGCCGAAACGUAUUGCAAUUUAUUUUCACUAUCAGUUGAACACUUCAAUGCUGUACUGGAUAUGUAUCCAUUGAUGAGACGAACAAUGGAGUCGAUAGCAGCCGAAAGACUUAACAAAAUUGGCAAAAAUCCUAGUAUUGUCUGUCCUGAGAGAGACCUUCAAUGUGAUCUGAGGGCUGUCAGUGAACUGUUGACCCUUUCUGCUCAAAGUCCCAGUGAAGACAGCGAAAGUGAGAUCAGUAUAUUCCGGUCGCGACAGUUGCAAGAGAUUGGUCUCAAAAGACCCAAAUCUGAGUCUUGUUUUUCGCGAUUUACUAACAAUGGCACCGAAUUAAAUGUUUUAAGAGUCGAUCCAUCGCUGCAGAGGUCGGAAACAUUCUUUCAAUCGGUUGCCGCCGGACUCGCGGCCGCACACGAAGCCAGUCAUACGACACACCAAUAGGUUUUUUGUUAGUUAGCUAUAAAUUAAAUUAAAUU